AUGCUGUCACCCACCCCGAUUUCGCUCCUUUGUGCUCUUCUUCUUUGCUUACCUCUUGCCAUAGUCUUCACUUUGACCACCCCUUCCUCCACCACCACCGUCCCAACAACUGGUGGCGCCACCUCUUCUUCCUUCCCCACUACUAAUAGUGUCACUUUCAGUAAGAACAUAACUGCAAGAAAUCUACUACCCAGGUUUCCAGGAAAAACCAAAACCACACAAAAACCCCAAAUCAAGAACGCCACCAUCGCCACCAUUUCACCACCACCAGGGCCACCAUCUGGGCAAGGGCAUCCACCUUCGCAUGUAAAUAAUAAUGAAGAUGAUGAUUAUUCACUGUUCCAAGUCGCUUCCCGGGUCAACCCGAAACCGAAGAAGCCAAUCAAGAAAAUAGCGUUUAUGUUCUUGACUAAAACCCCCCUUCCCUUUGCACCCCUCUGGGAACUCUUCUUCAACAACGCACCCAAGAAUCUGUACAACAUUUACGUGCACGCAGACCCGAGUUUCAACUACACGCCACCGUUCAGCGGAGUGUUUCGCCGCCGAGUUAUCCAAUCCAAGCCAACGCGCCGCCACUCCCCAACCCUCAUCUCCGCUGCCCGCCGGCUUCUCGCUCACGCGCUUCUCCACGACAAGUCAAAUUACAUGUUCGCCCUGCUUUCUCCCGCUUGCAUUCCCUUACAUUCCUUCAAUUUCACGUACAGAACUUUAAUCAAGUCAAGGAAGAGCUUUAUAGAAAUUCUCCAAAACGAGGACGGCGCGUACGAUAGAUGGGCGGCGCGUGGUGAAAGCGUUAUGAUUCCUGAAGUGAGGUUUGAGGAUUUCCGAAUUGGGUCCCAAUUUUGGGUGAUAAAGCGUAAACACGCUAGGAUAUCUGUGCGUGACCGGAGGUUGUGGUCGAAAUUCAAGCUACCUUGUCUAGAAGCCUCCACGUGUUACCCUGAAGAGCAUUAUUUCCCUACGCUGCUGAACAUGGUGGACUCGCGGGGUAUUAUUCCCUGCACCCUCACGCACGUGGACUGGGAAGGCAGCUAUGAGGGCCACCCCCGGAUGUACGAGCCUAACGAGGUGGACUUAGAGUUGAUCAUGGCCCUCCGUAAGCACACGCCUAGGUACGGUGAUGAUGAGUCAAACGGCUCAAAUUCGUCUCUGAUGAAACGGCACGAUCCAUUCUUGUUUGCUCGGAAAUUCGCGCCCGGUUCAGUUCACCCUUUGAUGAGAAUAGCCAAUAACAUCGUUUUAUAA